AUGUCUCAAAUCCAUGAAAAAUCUCCCAAACAUUGUGCUGCAAAACAAUCACAUUUUCCAGCUCACAAGUUCAACAAAAAACUAUUCUACUCUUUCUCCACCCUCCUGCUCACCAUCUUAGCCCUCAUUCUCCUUGUUUGGCUAACUCUCCACCCGACAAAACCCCAGUUCUCACUCAAACAAACCGAUAUCUAUCAACUCAACCUCUCAUCUUUCCCCCACCUCCUCAACUCCUCUAUCCAAGUCACCCUCUUCUCCCAAAAUCCCAACAGAAAAGUCGGCAUAUACUACGAUAUACUGGAAGUCUAUGCUUCAUACAAAGGCCAACAGAUCAGUCUUGACACUUCAAUUCCUCCGUUUUAUCAAGGGCAUGAGGAAAGCAAUGUUCUUUCAGCUUCUCUACUUGGGGAAGGACUUCCCGUGGCUCCUUCUUUUGGUUAUCAAGUAGGGAGGGAUAAGAGUACUUCUGGGAAUCUGGUGAUUAGUGUUAAGGCCAAUGGACGGCUGAGAUGGAGAGUUGGAAGUUGGGUAUCCGGCAGGUAUCGGUUCAAUGUGGAUUGCAUAGCUAUAUUGCCAUUCUCAGGUUCUUCUUUGCCAACAGGGCCGUUGACCACCAAGCAAGGGACUCAGUGCUCCACAGCCCUCUGA